AUGCUCGACAACUACUCGUUCGGGACGCUGGUCGCGUGCGACGUUGACUGCCGCUGGGUCGGGAAUGGCCGCCGCCUUGUGUCCAGCGAGCGCAUGCUGCACGAGAUGCUCGCGAUGCACCACCGCGGCGAUGACGUCGCGUACGACGCGGCCAAGCGCAACCUCCGCGCCCACAUGGCCUACAUGGAAGAGGUCUACUGGCACGCCAAUGCGCUCAACCACCAGCUCACUAUGAAACUCGGGCUCAAUCCGCGCCACUUGACCGACGCGGACGCCAAGACCGACCCAUUUCUUGUUGCGCGGACGAAUCUCAUGCUGUCCAAGGCGCCGUUGGUCCGUCAGCUCCAGUCGUCGUCGCCGUCGCUGCCAACGUCGCUCAACUGGUGCUCUGGCAACAACCCGAAGAAGCGUAGUGUGUGCGCUGAAGUCAAGAGCCAAAAAUCCUGCGGGUCGUGCUGGGCAUUUGCGGCCUCGGAUCUGAUCGAGACGGCCGUCGCGUACACAACAGGAAACGCACCCGUCGCGCUCUCGUCGCAGCAGCUUCUGAGUUGCAGCACGCGCGCCGAAGUGCACACGUACAACUACUGUUUUGCGAAUUCGGGGAACGUCCCCAAGUGGCUCCAGCCGCGCAUGCCGUGGAGCUCGCAGAACAACGGCUGCAACGGCGGCAUGACGCACAUUGCGCUCUCGGAAGCGGCGACGCGGAUCCGAAACCUCGCCACGCGCCUCGACUGGCCGUACGCCGAGGACAACAGCGCUGCCUCGGGCGGCGUCCCCGUCGGUCCCGUCGGUCCCGUCGACAACGCAACGGCCGCGCACAUUUCCGGGUGGGAGCCGGCGCUCAACGAGAAGAGCUGCACCGACACGAAGGACCCGGCGGUGCUGCUCCGACGCGCCCUCCAGACGGGCCCGCUUGCGGUUGCGAUCAACGCCCGAGACGGCGGCUUCAAGGAUUACAAGAACGGCUUGCACAUUUGCCCGGAAAUCACGCAGCCGAGCAUGAUCGACCACGCGCUCCUCCUCGUGGGCUACGACUCGGGGCCGAGCGGCGACUACUGGAUUCUGAAAAACUCGUACUCGACGCAGUGGGGUCUCCAGGGCUUUGUACACAUCAAGGCCGACGAUCGACUCAACUGCGGACUCAACGUGUUUCCGAUUCGCGUCCUCGGUGCGUCGGCGGGAUCGGCGGCCAACGUGACGGUCGACGGCGGCGGCGACUUGGAUUUCGCCGGCCUCUCGUUUGACACGUGGAUCAUUGUGGCUGCGGGCGUCGCACUCGGAACGCUGAUCCUUACCGUCGCUGGCCUUGUCGUCGCCAAGGCGCGCAUGCGCCGUCACUACUAA